ACACCGGUAGCUGUACCGGUACCAUGUUAGGAGGAGUACCCGUGUGACAUAGGCUGUAUCGUAAAAUAUCAUAACCGUAUCGUUUUUUCAAUGUUGUACGUAUCAUACGAUACGUAUCGUCUCAUUUGAAAAAAACGGUACGAUACACCCCCGUAUCGUAAAAAGGAGGAGUAUUGGCCCUGUAUCGCACGUAUCGUACGAUACAGGGCCUGUAUCGUACGAUAUGGGGCGAUACACCCCGUAUCGUACAAUACGGGCUAAAAACGCAAAAGGGGGCCCGAGACCUCUUCCGUUCUUCAUUUCUAACGCUUGGAUAGUGCCGUGAGGGAGGGCGAUCGUUCAUUUUCACCGUGAAAAACUUGAUUUUCAUCGUCAAAUCGAAGAUUAAUUGGUCGAUUUGUGCGUGGGUGCUUGAUUUUCGUGGGAAGGAAAGGGGUUUUCUUCAUUUCAGACAUUUCUUCUUCGUAAGAUAUGGAUCCUACAUGGCAAUGGUGCGAAAGGGUGAAGGAGAAUAACCGUUUGAAACUCAAAUGUGGCUUCUGUGGGAAUACAUUUUCAGGAGGGAUUAUUAGAAUGAAACACCAUUUGGCAGGGACCUCCAAAGAUGCGUCUCCUUGUGUUGGAGGACCAAACAAACCUUUGCCUCCAUUUGUGCGUCAACAAUGUUUAGAUAUGCUUCAUGCUUUACGUCAAAAGAGAAUACAAAAAGAAAUUGAAGAUGCAGAUGUAGGCUAUAAUGUGCCUUUGGAAGAUGAAAAAGAAGAGGAAGAAGCUUAUGAAUGUGAUGAUGAAGACGAUAGCAGUCUAAGAACAGAUUUGGAGACCUCAAGAGGUAGAGAUCGUAGAGGGAAAUGGAUUAUGUAUGAAGGAGGUCGAUCUGGCAUAACGGGAAGGAAGAGGAGAGGCACAACAGAUAUUAGGGCCAAGCGUGGUAUGCGACCACCUAGUGGUAGAGUUCCUACUGGUAGGUCUAGUGGUGGCUCUAUUAAGAGUUUUUUCCCUUCAUAUACCAGCCCAGGUGGUCAGCCGCAGAUUCGUGUUGUUAUAUCUAAAGAUAUGCUAUAUCAUGCACAAAAGCAGGUAGGAAAAUGGUUUUAUGAUGCAUGUAUUCCAUUUAAUGCAGCUAAUUCUUUUCAAUUCCAAGCCAUGGCAGAUGCAAUUGCUUCUAUAGGCCCCGGAUUCAAAAUGCCAUCAUAUCAUCAGUUGAGGGGCAAAAUUCUUCAGGAUACAGUCAAAGAAGUGUCUGAACAUUGCGAUGAGUUGAAAUUAUGUUGGAAGGAAACAGGUUGCUCCAUUAUGUCAGAUGGUUGGACUGAUACAAGGUCAAGAACACUUGUAAAUUUUCUUGUUUAUUGCCCUAAAGGUACAAUGUUCUUGAAAUCUCUUGACUUGUCUGAUGUUUCUAAGACUACUGAGAUUUUAUUCAAUGUUUUUGAUAAUGUCGUACAAGAAGUUGGACCUGCAAACAUUGUACAUUUUAUUACAGAUAAUGCUGCAAAUUAUAAAACUGCAGGAGAUUUGUUAUUUCAAAAGUAUAGAACAUUUUAUUGGAGUCCAUGUGUCACUCAUUGUGUUAAUCUAAUGCUUCAAGAUCUUAAUGAGAUGCAUGAUAUGAAAUCAGCCAUUGACCAAUGUCAAGAGGUAACAAAAUUUAUCUAUAAUCAUGCAUAUGUAUUGAGUUUGAUGAGAAAAUUUACAAAAGGAGUUGAAUUAAUACGACCUGCACAAACUAGAUUUGCCACAAAUGUAUUGACUGUGUAGAGUGUGGUGAAACAAAGAACUCCUUUGAGACAGAUGUUUGCUAGUGAUGAAUGGGCUGCAUAUCCACAUGCUCAUAACGUAUUUUGGGAAUCAUGUGUGAAGCUAUUGAAGGUUUGUGUUCCAUUAGUUAAAGUUCUCAGGUUGGCUGACAGCGAGGACAGACCUUCUAUAUGGUACUUAUAUGAGGCUAUGGACAAAGCAAAAGAGGCAAUUCGAGACAACUUAAAGGAAAAGAAAAAGUUAUAUAUGCCCAUAUGGAAGAUUAUAGAUAAAAGGUGGACUGGACAGCUUCAUCAACCUCUUCAUGCAGCAGCUUAUUAUCUAAAUCCUGCAAUUAGAUUUUCUCCUACAUUUAGGAAGGACAGAGAAGUCAUGCAUGGUUUGUUAGAUUAUAUUAAUGUGUUAGUGGAAGAUUCUACAGAACAAGAUGCUGUGCACAAUGAGUUGGAUCUAUAUGAUAGUUGUUUUCGGAACAUGGGACUACCUGCCGCCGUUCGAGCCAGGAAAACGAUGCAUCCAGGUAAAUACAUAGAAAUUUUUAAUUUACUUUGCAUUUGUUACAUUUGAUUCUUUUAAAACUUUCACAUUGAUUUGUUAUAUUUUUGUUUAGAUUUGUGGUGGAAUAGGUAUGGGUUUGAUUGUCCAAACCUAGCACGUUUUACAGUCAAAGUCCUCAGCCAGACAUGCAGUGCUAGUGGAUGCGAAAGGAACUGGAGUGUGUUCCAACAUAUCCAUAGCAAAAAAAGGAAUAGGCUUGAACAUAAAAGGUUGAAUGACCUUGUCUUUGUUCGAUAUAAUAUGAGGUUGAAACAAAGGUAAUAUAGGCAUAUAGCUUAAUUAAUGUUUACAUUUUUUGUACAAUAUAUUUAUAUGAAAUUAUAUACUAACAAAUUUUCUCUUAUUUAAUGUAGAGAAUUAGAAAAAUCAUUAGCAAGGAAGCACACAUCUCAGUUCGAUCCUAUCAGCUUGGAAAAUUUUGACGAUCUAGAGCCAUGGAUUGAAGAAGAACCAGGUACAAUAUUUGAUGAUGAAGAUCUUGAAUGCUUCAACCUUGAAGCUGAAGCAACAGAAGGCUUUGUUGAUGAAGGAGAGUCUACUACUGCUGGUGCUGGUGCUGAAUAUGUUGGUGAAGAUCUUCCAAUUCUUGACGAUGAAGAAGAAGAAGAAGAAGAAGAUGAAGAUAAAGAUGAUGAAUCAUGAAUGAGAGUCAAGUCAAGAGUGCUUUCAUUUUAUAUGUAUCAAAAACUUAAGAGUUAUGAAUCUAUGGUUGUUGAACACUUGAUUGAAUGUUUUAUGACUUUAUCACUUUAUGGCUUAUGGCCUUAUGCUUUGUUGAAUGAUAUUGUAUUAUUGUUAUGAAUUUUGAUGUUUAUGAAUGAUGAACGCGUA